UAAAAUGUAUUAGAAAAAAUCAACUGACGAGGUCUGGUUUUCUCAGCAGAUUCACGUCUUACACUCAUCUAUCUGUUUCCAUGUUUCCAAAUAUUUUUUGUGCCAGUGAAGGUGGGUGCAUUCUCGAUGAUCAACAGGGCUAAUCAGAUUGGAGAAGAAGAUGAAGCUUUUGUUCAGCUUGGCAGAGAAUAUGACAUUGAGAGGUAUACACAGACACCAUCAGUGGACAAUAAGUAGGUCUGUUAAGACAUAUAUCUGUCAUUUUAAACAUUAUACAUUUUUUACGCCUCCCAACAAUUGUACUUUUAGCACAGCAGUAGCUUACAAAGUAAAGGAUUAUUACCCACAAAACAAAACAACUCACGAAAGCUUUUCAAUGGUAGGUUUUUCUGAACCACAAAACCCCAUCUCAGAACAGUUAAUAGGAGAAGGUGAUCAGGGGCAGGAUGUAGAAACCAUAUACAGAAUUAUUAACAGGCGCUCCGCUGAACACAACAUUGCUCAUUCCUUGCUAAAUUCUGGUGUAGUCUUUACAAGCAUAUUAGUAGAAAAUGUGCUGAAAAGGGUGCGAUUCAGCAAUGGAAAUGGAUUCAAGGCUAUGGAGUUUUUCUAUUGGGUGGGUCGUCAGCACCACUUUUCUCACACUUCUGAAGCAUACAAUCAAAUGUUGUUUAUUGUUGCAAGAAUGAGAAAAUUUGAUAUAGUGUGGGAAUUGUUAGAGGAAAUGCAUGGUAACGAUCCAAAACUAAUCACUCAUAAAACAAUGCAAAUAAUUUUGGCUAGGUUUUCCAAGGUUUGUUCCCUCAGGGAAACCCUUGAAGCAUUUGAAAGGCUCGAGGAUUACAUUGGUGUACUAGAUGUUACUGUUUUCAAUGCCCUCCUGAGAGCAUUGUGCCAGGAGAGGAACAUGAAGGACGCCCGUAUUGUUUACCAUCAACUGAAAAAGAAGUUCAAGCCCAAUACCCACAGUUUCAAUAUACUCUUGUCUGGUUGGCAAACAGCUGAAGGAGCCCUAAAUUUCUAUAAUGAGAUGUUGCAACUAGACCAGGAACCGGAUAUCGUCACCUAUAAUAGCCUGCUUCAUGCUCUUUGCAAAGACAGGGAUGCACUUUACCGAGACAGGGGAAUGACGAAGGUUCUAAAUAUUGUGGAGGAAAUGAAACACAAUGGGUGUCAACCUGAUUUGAAGACUUACACAAUUUUAAUUGGUGGGCUUGGAUUGAUUCGCCAGAAUGAUCGAGCUCGUAAGAUGCUUGCCGAGAUGAGAAAGCACGGUUAUUCCCCUGAUGCAGCAGCCUACAAUGCAGUUAUAAGGAAUUUUUGUAUGGGACAGAGGGUACGCGACGCAUACCAAGUGCUUGAUGAGAUGGUGAGUGAAGGUAUCGAUCCCAAUUCCAAUACAUACAAUAUAUUUAUUCGUUAUUAUUACAGGUCAAAAUAUUGGGAAGAAGGGUGGGAUGUUUACAAGAAAAUGCUUGAGACUCGGUGCUUUCCCUGCACCCAAACAUGUAUUUUACUUAUGAGGCUGCUUUGCCGCCACGAGGAACUGAACAGAGCCUUUCAGUUAUGGGAUGAUAUGAUUGAGAAGGGCUUUGGUUCUUAUUCUCUGGUUUUAGAUGUAUUGAUAGAUGUACUUUGUGAUAAUGGCAAGUUAAAUGAAGCAGAAAAGUGCUUCUAUGAGACUAUUGAAAAAGGACACAAGCCCAGUUCCUUCGCUUACAAGAGGGUCAGAGUUUUGCUAGAAGUUGCACAGAAGCAUCAGUCCAUUCAUGCCCUUUCAGAAAAAAUGAGGAGCAUAGAGUAUUAGCAAUGAAGUUAAAGAAACAAUGAUGUGCUAUCCUUCUUUUUCAUGGCCUGAUUAAUUAUUUUUCAAAAGAAAGGGCUUUCUGCUGCUGAUCAAAUUAUUCACAUAAUUGAAUUCAUCAUUUCUCCACAAGUUGAUAUCCUUUAUAGAGGGUGUGUACAUUAAUCGUAUCAAGUGGCAGAUGAUAUUACCUUAAUUCCACUUUGAUUGAGGAACAUGAUAAGUGCCAAUCCUUUCUUCUUCAAUUCUUAUCUUUUACUUCUAGAGGAUGCCUCUCAUGAAAAAGGCUGAUUACCGUCUGAGCAGAUGAAUCAAACAAAUUGAUGUAUUUUAAAAAAAUUCUUACUUUGGUGUAUUUAUUUGCACAGUUGCGAUAAUUUUGCCUCAAUACAUAAACAGCAUCUUUACAAUACAUUGGAUUUAUCAAGCUAUCAAGGGCUUAUUAUAAAGUGUUAAAACCAGCUGCAGGAAAUCAAGCAAGCCUGAGCUGCCUAUGGAAAAUCCAGGAAUUCUCUCCGAGAUAAGUCAUUGCAUGUACAUCACAUGAUUCAACAAUCAGAUAUAGUGCUGCAUUAUAUGUUGCUGUUGGAGACAGCCAGGGUGCAUUUUGUUUGAAAACUCUCAAAGGCGACAUUUUAACGCUUUUAGAGCCUCUCACAGAAUAAUAGCCAAGUUACCAGGUUCCUCUAAAGGCCCCUGGGUACCCGUGUGAAUAUGGUUCAGGUUCGGGUCUGGUUUGGGUUCCCCACUGGGUUCACCCAGGGUCCCUCUUGGGCACCCUGCGUUCCCACAGAGGAACCCCAAGGGCUGUACAAAACAAAAAAAACAGAAAAAGAGUUAUUUUUUUAAACAUUUUUAUACACCAAAAAAAGGCCUGUUUACAUAAUUUUGCCCUAAGUGAUAAAACUGUGAAAAGUGACGUGUCAUGAAGGUUUGUGUCGUUUUAAAGGUUUUAAGAAACCUGAUUAGAAUGAGGGGUAAUGCUCGAGUUUGUUGACUUCAACGUUGUUGUUGCACAACUUGUCAGAAAAUAUCUUUAGAUGAGGCAGCUUGUACAGUACAUGGCUAGUGGAAGUGGCAUUGUAACUCAUUGUGGUUCAAGUGAAAUUGAACUAAAUGUUAGACUUUGAUGCUUUUGAUGAAGAUCAAUAUGAAGAUCAUUAAAUAUUAAUUGUAA